AUGAAAUCGUCCCUUUCGGAUACAAACUCUGUUGAGAGUCUGUUUGGCUUGAUUAAUGUAAACCCACAUCCCGAAUCCUACUCCAAUUUUUCUAAUCCUUAUUAUCAACAAAAUAAUCUUGACACCUUCUCAAAUAAUAAUUAUACUGACUAUAAUAGUAUUAAUAACAACCAAAAUGCUGCUCUAAACAACAAUAACAAUAACAAUAACAACAAUACUUCUCAUCAAAAUUUUGAUGCCAACAACAAUACCAAUAAUUUUGGUGGUUGGAAAUGUUCACGCUGCCAUAAAAACUUGACAACUGUUUUGGAAUUUUGUAAACAUUUAGAUGAGGAAGGUAUUGAAAAUUGUUAUAAGUGCAAAUUCCCCAAUUGUGUUUACUCUACCAUUGGUUUUAAAAAUGUCUCUUAUUGUAAAAGACAUGUUAAAAGCCAUGAUAAACACCCUGAAAGUUGUCCCUAUACUGACUGCACUUACAGAUCAAGAAAAAAAGAGAAUUUAUCAAGACACAUUAAUAAAAGACAUCCAAACAAUGAAAAUUCUUAUAUUACUUAUCAAUAUUCUUUAUCAAAUAAUUUGAUUUUUUCUUCUCAACUUCAACCCCAAACUCAAACACAAUACAAUAGCAAUAAUAGUAAUAACAAUAAUAGUAAUAAUAACAAUAAUAAUAACAACAACAACAAUAACAAUAAUAUCAACUCUAAUUAUUAUGUUGAAAAUAAUGCAAAUAUAAACUCUUUUCAAUCCCAAUCCCAAUCUCAACCCCAAUCUCAGUCUCAGUCUCCAUUUCAAAAUCAAAAUCAAAAUCAAAAUCAAAUACAACAAUCUCAAAUUCAAAUUCAAACCUCCCCAACUGAAAUUUAUGGUCAACCUGAUUAUACCUCUGACCCAAAUUCACAAUACCAUUCUCAAUAUUAUUCUAGAUAUCGCUCAUCUUAUUCAACAGAUUAUAGAAAUGAAAUUUCCUAUAACAAUUCACUAAAUACCGAUGAAACCGAUUCGAGAUAUUAUAAUUCUUCUAACAUUAAUUCCCAUUCUACUUUGAAUUCAAUCUCCAAUUCCAAUUCCAAUUCCAGUUCCAAUUCAAACUAUAAGAUUAAUAACGAGAUAAAUAAUUUAUCAAUUGUUGAACAGAAUUCCAAUGAAAAUGCCUUUAUUAACUCUCCCAAUAUUCCUUUGAAUUAUACUCCAAAUAACCAAUAUAAUAACACCCUUGCUAAUAAUUGCAAUUCAAUUUAUGAUACUCAAAAUAUUUACGGUGCCACUCAAAAUCUCAAUAAUCUUAAUAAUCUUAAUAAUCUUAAUACUCUAAAUAAUGUUAAUAAUUAUUACUCUAAUAACGUAGUUAAUAAUAGUAAUGACGACAAUAAUAAUAUUUACGAUAACAAUACCAAAAUUCCAUCGAGCAAUUCCAAUUAUCCCGAGAUGAAUUACAAUUCAACGGACUCAACAAGAAAAAUAGAUAAUCAAUUUUAUAAUAACUUUUAUGGAAAUUAUCGUUCAGUUCAAAGAACCGAAAAUGAUAGAUUUUUGAAUAAUAAUAAUAAGAUCAAUCCCAAUACUUAUUAUAAUUACCAACAAAACGCGUUGGUGAAUUCAAAUCAAAACACAUUAACAACAACUAUUCCUUCUUUCGAAACUCUUUUGUCAACUAUUGCUAAAAGUAGUAAGAAAUAG